AUGGUGAAACUGUGGGUUUUCUGCCAAUUUGGAGAACAAUGCUUUUUAAAAAUGCUGUGUGUCAACUGCUCUCGUCCUUUCGUUUCCAACCUUUCUUUGCUUCCUUUCACCUUACCAGUUUCUCUUCGCAUGUUGCGAGGAACCUCUCCCGCACUGUUCAUCAUGCUCGAAAAAGCGGGACUGCCGUUCAGGAAGUCCCUCCGCUCUGCUUUCGAGGCGGAAAACGGACUAACAGAUAUCCCGUUACUCUUCUCAAUCCCGGUGGACGGUGUGACCGCCUUAAAAACGACAACCCACUCAACUGACCUGCAAGUCCCCGUGGUGCCAAUGCUGGGCUCGAUCGAGGUAUCUUCUAUAGCCUUCAAUACCGCUGUAGGAUCUUUGCAACGAAAAGUAUAUCUCUUCAUGCAACGCCUUGACUGCGAUGGCAAAGCGACUGGCCCUCCAGUCCCCCUAGCAGUAACUAACACCGUCCAGUUUUCCGUGCCCUUGAAGCUGAAACUUUUCGCGGGGGAUCGUGCUCGGUUGGUGCUGUAUCAGAGCGGCACAGGGCUUGCGGUCAGUGAAGUAAUCCUGAGCGGUUGCAUUCUUGCUAGUGCCGACUGCUAUUUUGCUUCCGGCAGGACUCUGGUUGCUAUGUCUUCCUGGACACCGGAGCCAUUCCGCUUUGUCAGGGAUUCAACAAUGUCCGCGUCUCGGAAACGAAGUAACUCUCCUCAACCCAUGAGAAACCAGAAAAACUGUGUCUCCAGUGAUGAACCUCCCACCCUCAUCUAUGCCCCAGUUUUUGGUGGCGAUGACGAAAGCUAA